AGAGAGACGAUGGCCAGAGGGAAAGUAACAGGAGCCCAGACCCUUUGCAUGAGGGGAUAUCUACUCACAGAUGGUCCAGAAAAUCUGAGAAUUACAGGUCCGCAGCAAGUGACUUCUGGGAACCCCAUCUCAUUAGAUUGUUCUGCUGAUUCUGUUCCUGCGCCAACCUACCAGUGGAAAUUAAAUUGGACUGUUUUAGAAUUCCAGAAUAACAAACUGAACAUCCAACAGGCCACAUCUGAGAAUGCAGGAAAUUAUACCUGUAUAGUGACUAAUUCAGGGACAAAGCUCUCACGGGAAAUCUCUAUAUAUGUCACUGUGAAUGAUAAUGAACCUCAUUCAGAAAACAGAGCUGUCAUUUUAGCCGCCAUCGUCUGCAGUUGCAUCUUGGGUGCUGUACUCAUCAUCUGUGCUACGUUCCUUAUUUACAAGAGAUAUAUUCUUCCCAUGAAAGGACAAUUAGGACAAUCAGGUGACAGAGGAGAGGAUCCAUCCAGAAUAUAUUAUAACAUUUCCAACAUUUCAGAGGCUCAUCCUGCAAAAGAAGAGAAUCCAUACAUGGGACUGGAGCACCCGUCUCACAAUACGUACAGUGAUCUGAAACGAUAAUGCAAUACAGAUAAUUCAUAUCAAGUAUCGGUGUGGAAAACACUCACAAAAGGAUUAUUUUCAGUAUUCAAGGGGAACUAAAGGCUGGCUAAAAUGAAAUCACGUGCUGAGCACUUACAAGUUGAACAUUUUGCGAGAUUCAAUAUACCUCAAUGCUGCAAAAAGCCAGAAUCCGCCAUCUCAAACCUGUUGAGGUCACGUACUGUAUAAG